CAUCCUUCAGAAUAUGAAAGACGAAGAUGACAUUGACAAUGACAUCAUGGGAUCGAAGGAUACCCAAGAAGAUGAGUUGGACGACAUUGAAAUAUUGGAGCGUAAGGACCUUUCGGAUGAUUCUGAGGACGAGUCAUGCCAUUCGAAGGAAAAGAACAAAUCUGAGCCACGUGUGUCUAUAGAUCCUUCGGAGCCGUUGACAGCAGCCUACAUGAGCCAGACAUUAUUUAAUAAUCUCAACAUUGUUCUGUACGUGAAGAUAAACGUUCUGAUGCAUCAACCGACUAUCGUAAGAACAGCCAAACAAAUUGGCCUUCUCGAUGUUCAUCCCGAUACGUCGUUGGUCGGAGUAAUGGGAUCCAGGAAUUUUAUAUCACUGUUGCAUCAGGUAUGAACUAUACGAUUUUAUGGUUUGUUUUUC